CGCCCACACCGGAAGUAGAAAUAACAACGUAAGGAGCUGCUUGACGGGGGACGCGUCAAGAAGAGUGAACUUUGUCCCUCUUGUAAGGUACUUACCUUAAAAAUGAAAAGCCACGAAGUGAAGCGACUCGCGUGCAAACAUUUCUAGCGUAUCGAAUAUUUAAUGGACAAAGCGAAUAAUCAGGAGUCUGAACGCUAGUCGUGUCAUUCCUCUGGUUUUGCAAAAUAAACACAACGUGAGUUGAAACAGCUUUAGUGAAUUGACACACAAAAAAACAGCGACACGCAGAGUUCUCACCCACGAGCUUUUACUCCAGAGAAUCAUGUCGCGACAACUUCAGGCCCGCAGAACCGUCAGUGUCUGUAAGAACGUCUGGCUUGAAUUCACACAACUGGCAGCGGACUACAACGCGGUGAAUCUUGGACAGGGAUUCCCCGACUUCUCCCCCCCGAAAUUUGUCCAGGAGGCUUUUUGUAAAGCUGUGAGCGGAGGACACCAAAUGCACCAGUAUACCCGAGCUUUUGGACAUCCUCCUCUUGUCAACAUCCUGGCUAAGUUCUUCGGUAAGAUGGUGGGACAUGAGACCGAUCCACUGGAAGACGUGCUGGUCACAGUGGGAGCUUAUCAGGCUCUCUUCUGCACGUUUCAAGCUCUGAUUGAUGAAGGGGACGAGGUCAUCAUCGUUGAACCGUUCUUUGACUGCUAUCAGCCGAUGGUGAAGAUGGCCGGGGGAACGCCAGUUUAUAUUCCCCUCAGGCCGAAAGCUGAGGGAAGCGCCGUCCUGUCGAGUGCAGACUGGGUUCUCUCUGCUGAGGAGCUGACCUCUAAAUUCACUCCGCGCACAAAAGCCAUCGUUAUCAACACUCCCAACAACCCACUGGGCAAAGUCUACAAGGCCGAGGAGCUCCAAACGAUCGCGGACCUGUGCAUCAAACACGACGUGCUGUGCAUCAGCGACGAGGUGUACGAGUGGCUGACUUACGACGGGAACAAGCACGUGAAGAUGGCCGGCCUUCCCGGGAUGUGGGAGCGAACCAUCACCGUCGGCAGCGCCGGGAAGACCUUCAGUGCUACCGGCUGGAAGGUGGGCUGGGUCAUCAGCUGUGGGAAUAUCAUUCAACACCUGAAAGUCGUCCAUCAGAACUGUGUUUACCACUGUGCCACGGCCGCGCAGGAGGCCGUAGCCCGUGGUUUCGAGAGAGAAUACGAGCUGUUCGGGUCUCCGGAGAGCUACUUCCAGCAGCUGCCCGCCAUGUUGCACCACAAGCGGGAGAAGCUGGCCUCGUGUCUGGAGAGUGUGGGUCUGAAGCCCGUCAUGCCAGAGGGAGGCUACUUCAUGAUCACUGACAUCUCGUCCGUCAAGGUGGCCUCGGGUGACGAGAGCGCUGUGGAUGAACCCGCUGACUUCAGAUUUGUUAAGUGGCUAACGAAGGAGAAGGGUUUAGCGACAAUCCCCGUCUCUGCGUUCUACAGCCCGGAGCACAGCAAGGACUUUGACAAAUACAUCCGGUUCUGUUUCAUCAAGGAGGACGCCACCCUGAAUGCAGCAGAGGACAUCUUGAGAAAGUGGAGGCAGACGGAGUAAAACCGUCCCCACACAAGAAGCCCCUUGGCCGUCCAUCCAGGUGUCCCCGGGCUUCUGAAGCCGUCUUAGGUUUCCACCCCAGUGGAAAUGAGCCAUAUUUAGUGUUUCUCUGAGUCUUGGUGGCUCUGUUUAGUACGUAAAGACGAUGCUGUCCAAGUAGUGAACCACUUUGCGGGAAAAACUGUGAAUCUUCCUGUGCAAUAAUAUCAAGUAGAAAAUUGUAAUCAGGUUUUUUAAUGAAUUCUUGCUGUUUUUAGAGUUGAUCUUCUCCGUCGUAGCUUCAGAAGCUCCCUCAAUAUUUGGUUUUCCAUAUAAACCAUAAACAUAGACCCAAUGGAAUUUAGAACUUCUACUACUUUGUUAAGAGUUAUUGUAGAGGAGUUUGACUCUGUCUACUUUGAUUAUGAUAUGUUCUAGAGCUCGGCGUAUUCAACUGGUUCAUGUGGUCGGUGUUGUACUGACGGUGUAGUAGGAUCUACUCCGAGGUUAGAAUCAUUUAUUGUGAGAUGAAAUGUACAGAUGUUUUUUUUAUUGCUACAUGGUAACUAAAUAAAUCAAAACCCGUG